UCUCUAAAAUUAAUACUUUAAAGCAGAUAAUUUUCGAUUUUAAUCAACAAAUUCAUUUUUUAAAGUAAAAUGGCUGCGGAUUCUCAAGAUAUCUACAGAAACUUGUCAGCAGAUGACUAUGAGGCUGCUCCAAUUGUUGUUGAUAGUGUCUGCCCGGUGUGCGAAGAAGAUGGAGAAACCCGCAUCAUGUGCACAUCGAUUCCCUACUACAGAGCUGUGAUUUUAAUGUCAUUCGAGUGUCCGCACUGUGGACACAAGAACAACGAGAUUCAAAGCGGAGAAGCUGUGCAGGAGCAUGGAACUCUAAUUGUGCUCAGAGUUCAGAAGCCAGAAGACUUGAGACGACAGCUUGUGAAGUCCGAGUACGCGUCAAUUGAGGUGCCCGAGUUGCAGCUGGAAAUUCCACACAAAUCACAGCCUGGAGAAGUGACAACAGUCGAAGGAGUUCUGGAACGUGUUCAUCGCGGUCUUAGUCAGGAUCAAGAAAAACGGAGGCUGUUGGAUCCGGAGGGAGCAUCUCAAAUCGAUGCCUAUUUGCAGAAAAUCACGAGCUGUAUGGAACUCGGCGAAACAUGGACGUUGCGGCUCCGUGAUCCCACUGGAAAUUGCUACAUUCAGAAUCCAGACGUUCGCCACGUCGAUCCACGUUGCAUUAUUUCCCAUUAUCAUCGAAAUUUGGACGAGAGAAAGCUGUUGGCGUUGGCAGAUGAUAAUGAGGAGGAGGAGGAAGUGGAGCCAUCGGCAGCAGCUCCAGAGUUCAAAAGCUAUGAAGACGCGAAACAAGAAGUUCUGCAUUUUGCGACAGACUGCCCGAAUUGUCACGGUCCGACUGAAGUAAAGAUGAAGCCGACUGACAUUCCAUUCUUCCAAACUGUCAUCAUUAUGUCAUUGGCUUGUGAUCGAUGUGGCUACAAGUCGAAUGAAGUCAAAUCAGGUGGAGCGAUUCGUGAUCAGGGGUGCCGGAUGUCGGUGAAGUUGGAGAAGGAUUUGGAUUUGGCGAGAGAUGUUCUUAAAACUGAUACAUGUGCUCUGUCGAUCCCUGAGAUUGAUCUGGAAGUCGGUGGAAAUGCGUUGUGUGGGCGGUUUACUACUAUUGAGGGAUUGCUGACGGCUACGAAGGAGCAGUUGGAUGCUCAAUCCUCAUUCUUCAUGGGAGAUUCGGCUCAAACCGGUGAAAAAAGCGCCGUAACCACAUUCCUGGAGAAGCUCGACGACAUCAUCGCUCUUCGUCUCCCGGCUACAAUUAUCCUCGACGAUCCGACAGGCUGCAGCUACGUGCAGAGUCUCACGGCUCCAAUGGACGAUCCACGACUGACAAAAGAGUUCUACACACGGACCUACGAGCAGAACGACGAGCUCGGAAUUAAUGAUAUGAAGGUGGAGAAUUAUGGAGAACUGGAUGCGCUUGCCGAGGAAGAUGAGCCGCACGAAGCGUAGAAACCACGGAAGCAUUUAAUUUUUUGUUGAUUUUUUUUUUGAAUUGUUGAUUAAUCUAUUCCACAAAAUUAGGCGAUUUUUCCCUACGGUACCAGGUCUCAAAACGACCAAUUUUGUUCAACAUCUGACAGAAUAUGCGCCUUUAAGGAGGACUCGAGAAACCGAUAAUUUUUUCUCGAAAUUUGAUAAAAAACUGAAGAAAAACCAAACUACAGUACCCUCUUUAAAGGCGCACAUCUUUUCACAUCAAACAUACAUUUGUCAUCGCGGCGAGACCCAUUACCGAAUUUUUUUAUUUAAAAAUUGCCUUUCCCCCACCUCGGUUGUUCGUUGUUUUUCCCCUGUUCCUACUAAAAAUUUUCAUUUUU